CCGAGCAACUUACAUACCUGAAGAGGACUAACCUGGGCAGGAUUAAGUUGAUUAUACCCCCAAUAUCAAAGGGAGAGCAGCGGAGGCAGGACGCCUGAACAACGGAAGUAGUAGACCACUAAUUGGAAUCCCUCCGUCGUGGCUUAUUCUCUCUAUACAUUAUGUAGAUGCAUCUUCUCUGCCACUUUGAGUAUGGACUCAGGCGAUACUAACCCCGGACUACGCUCCUAUUCGCAGGGCCAAAUGAUCAUCUUCAUCCUGUGGGCGGCUCCUCUGCUCAGCUCUGGGCUUCACCUUCCAAUAACCGUUACCAUGUACGAAUUGCCCCCAAGAUGGUCUGACCGCAGUUACAUGUCUGCCUGUUGGGACCAUCCUUCAGGUCAUCAUUGGUGUUGUAGGGUUUGGAUGCGGAUACUCCGUCAAGUCCAGAUCACGGCGCCAACGGAGCAGACUCAACUCCGUGAUGAUCCCAACAAGACGAGGAAGGCUGUGAAGUAAAGUCAAGUCGACGAAAAGAGAGACUGAACGAGCUGGCCCCCAAGUCGAAAAGGUAUAAAUACGUCCAACGAUCCGGUCCAA